AUGCCAAAGGUAGGUACAGCUAUUUUCCCUGCUUUCUUGUCUGCCCUGCUUCUUGCUCACACCAUGGACUCGGCGCACGCAAGCCGCGCAGCUGAACUUUGCCCACCAGGUCACGGCAAUCUAAUCUCGGCGCCGUCGCUGUCCUGUCCGCUUGGGAGAUGGGAAGCUGGAGGCCGCAGAUUCUCCGCCAGUCGACAUUCGCUUGCCGUCAACCGUAUAGGUAGACGGUCCGCUUCAAAGCUCUUUCGUACAAGUUGGUUUCUCCAUUGGGAGCCACCAUCGCAUCUACGGUUACAGAACUGGCUAGUGGACCACGCGAUACCCCAGAAUCUUUGUUCAGAUGCCGGACGACAGUCCUGUUGUUGUGUGACAACGCCGGGAGGCGUAGCGAGCAGUGGGGCCGGUUUGUUCCACCAAUUCCUUCUGAGGGACAUCUCAUUUCAUCCCAUGGUCACCCCUGGGUCUGGAUCGGACUGCGUUGCCUUCCUGAUUCGAAAGCAUGCGCUGGGUACGGGGAUUGAGAAAUCCCCUCCGAUCCAUGCGGGGGACUGUGCGGAAGAAUUGAAUGCCUGGUUAUUGUUUCUUCCCUCCCACGUGCUGGGUUUACGUCGUUUGAAUCAAAAUAUACACGGUGGCAUGUGCCUCACUUCCAUUCCCUUCCCCAUUUCUUUUACUCUGCAAACCUCGACACCUGGCCCAAAGCAUGCUAAGAUGAUCUUCCCACGCGAGGACGACGACAAACCGAUACCCAACUACGUCGACCCCACCGUUCGACUCAACAUUGGCAUCUGGACACUCUUCGCUGGUGCCACCGUCUUUCUCGCGCUGCGCAUCUGGAUCAAGAUCACUCGUCGCCAUGGCCUCUGGUGGGAUGAUCGUAUUCUGCUCAUAUCAUGGGUGAGUCAGGCCUUUAUCCAAGUCUCUGUGAAUCGAGCAUCAGCUGAGAAGCCAUCAAAGGUCAUUCUCUUUGCCAACGACAUCAUCAUUUCAAUAGAGUAUGCGACAGGUUACGUCCAACACAAGUGGAACGACCGCAUGCAUAUCCUCAUCUCCAUCUCUUCGUGUGGAACACUCAUCGGACAGGCUCUCACCAAGACAGCCUUUGCCGUUACCCUCCUCAAACUUACAAAGAAUUGGCUCAAAUGGAUCCUAUGGUACAUCAUCAUUUCCAUGAACGCUUACAUGAUCGCCAAGGUGAUUCUUCAGUGGGCGAAGGUCUGUGGGAACUCGUCAUAUGACGUCCAUUAUCGUCUUGAUUUUUGCCUCGAUUCCAAAUUCAGAGAAGACUUCAAAGAGGGUGGCAACGUAUACAAUGUUAUCAUGGAUUUCAUCCUCGCCACCUUCCCGUGGAUCAUCACCUGGAAGCUAGACAUGCGCAGAGUGGAGAAGAUCGGCCUAUGCGUAGCCAUGAGUCUUGGCAUGGUCGUCGCCAUUGUCGCAGCCGUCCGGAUAGGCUGGAAAGAUGAGGGGAACCCAAAAGACGAAUGGUACUUUUGGCGCAACGCCCACUCCAACAUCUGGUACUCAUCCGAAGUCGUGGGCACCAUCAUCGUCCAAUGUAUCCCCGUAUUACGACCUUUACUCCGCGACAUUCACACAUCCUUGACCUCGCGCCGAUUGGGUUCAACGGUGAACCACACCGCUCGCCAAAGCAAGAUGCCCGCCUUCGGCCCAACGAUCGGCAGCAAGCCGUCACAUCGCGCGCACAUUUACUCAGAUGCAGCAGAAGAGUUCUCAGACACCAAGAGCGACCCGUCAUCCGAUUCCUGGGAUAACCAGGGCAUCUAUCACAGAAGGGACUUUGAGAUGACGAGUAUUGAAAUCACGUCCCCUCAAGAUAGACAUACGAGAGACGAUUUUCUUCCCUAG